AGCGUAGAUUACAGCUCAUGGUCGACCAGGCUCUUCGAGAUAUUGUGGCUAAGGAGGAAGAGGAAAUCACUAAGAUAAGAAAUGCAUCUCGCCUCCUUCAAGAAAGAGUCACUCAAAUCGGUCAAGAAAGAGGUAAGGGAUUUGAGAGCAUACAGAGCAGCAAUCACGAUAAGAUGAGCCGUGCAGAGCAGAUCGUAGCUUCAGUCAAUGACUUGAUGCAACAUGCUGAUAACUUUGAGCUGCUGGACCUCAAGCCAAAAGUUAUGCACAACUUAGACUUCCACAAAGAGCUUCAGUUUCAAACAGUGCAGCAUAGCAAGUCAUUUAUUGGGUUCAAAGGUCAUGAUAUCGUCACUGAUGCAGAUCUCGGUGAAAUACUAGAGGAGGAGAAGUGGGAGGUGAAGACAGAGUUUGGUAAACAUGGGGGAGGUGAGGGGGAGUUCAAGUGGGCACUGGACGUUGCUUGUUUUAGCAAUGGUGACAUUGUCGUUACUGAUACAGCGAGGCGGCUAUUAUCCACAUUUACAUCAAAGGGUAGUUACAAAUCUACAGGUGUUCAAAGUGGAACAGAGGACGGUAAACUAAUACAACCUUAUGGUGUUGCCGUGACUGAUGAUCUGCUUCUGGUUACUGAUGGACAGGAUGUAAAGGUUUAUGAUAGAGAACUGAGAUACAUUCGUCAGUUCCGACCCUCACAGAAUCAAGUCGAGGGGCAGUCAAAGAGUCUACUUCAUGGUAUUGCUGUGGACAAGAAAGAUCGUAUUGCAGUGGCUGACAGUGAGAGAAAGGUAAUAUCUCUCCAUAAUAUGGAUGGAUUUAUCAUUUCCACAAUAUAUCAUGAUGAUAUUAGUAGCGACUGCUUUCUAUUUGUAAGCAGCAAGGAGCGUGUGAUCUUCACAAACUACCAGAAGAUGAAACUAGUUUGUGUGGAUUUCAUGGGAAACGAGGUGUUCAAAAUCAGCACCUCUAUUGACGGUAAGCCUGCUAAACCCUAUGGUGUGUGCUGCGACGAUGCUGGAGACAUCUAUGUGUCUGUUUAUUGCGGUGGCUAUGGAACCAAUGAGAUACAUCAUUACGAUGCAUCAGGUGAGCACAUCGGCUGUGUAGUUCCUGGCUCGUACAACCCUUUAGGCAUGACGUUUACUCCUACCGGUGACCUCAUCGUGGCUGAUUCGCACUCGGUCAAGGUCUUGCAUCGUCUGUGAGUGUCGAUGACGUCAUGGUCGAAAACGAUACAGUAUCGUGGAUGACAAUUGGAAAUUAACAACAUCCAAUAAUAAACAAUGACUAACCAAAACCAAGGCAUUCUCAUCAAGAAUAUGAAUAAUCUGUCAAUCCAACAAAUCCACAGUCAACUAAUAUUCUAAACGUACCAAUAACUUAAUAAAAAAAUUGUUUGACUUUCGCUUUACAUUGAGUCACUUAUGAUUUAAAUUCCGCUGGGCUGGUUUACCAAACUAAAAGGUGGUAUGAUGUACAAUCAUAACAAUAGACCGAUUGCACUACAGACGGCAUGGGUCAUUCCAAGUCAAAUCAACCAAAUUUCAGAAAAUGUCCCAACUGAUCCUCUCAGAUUUUCUUAAAACUUUGUCAAACUUUGUUUCAUAUUCCAUAUCGUUUACGAGAUAUGGCUUCACGAAUUUUGCCCAAACCUCCCCUUUUUUAAAGCUCCGCCCCAGCGCCGCGUGGCAAAAACACGUCGUUGUGCCUUUUUUAAACUUUAAGAGCCCAUAAAUUUGAAACGGUAACAGCUUAAGGGUUGCAAGUUUGUGUACCAACUUACUUUUGGCCCUAGAUUCAUAAUCUGACCUUAAAUAGCACAUAUCUCAUCUAAUAUUAAAGUAAAUUGUCCCCAAAGUGGGGCUUUUAUUCAAUGAGGAGUGACUUUUGAAGAUUUUCGGGGUAUCCAAUUUUUGAAGAGGGAUCUGAGGAAAAAGAGAAAUAUUAUCAAAAUUAUCUUAAUAUGGUUGCUACACGCGGACUGUUACUUUUGAAUCAUUUACAUCUUUUAAAUUUAUGAGUAAUUGCCUUUUGAUUGAUGUUAUGCUUCACGUCGGAUAUCCUUUUCAUUACAACCACUCCAUGUUUUACAACAAAAGACAAAUCUUACUCGAUAUGUGAAUAUUUAACAACUGAUUUAUCUGUUGAUUUUUCGAAAUAUCGAUAUUUUGCAAAACGUGUAGUUUUACUUCAAACAUGCCGUCGGAUACAGAGGCAAUGCUAGGGCGCCACCUACAGACAUGACAGUAAAUAAUGUUGAUUAUAAUAACAUAAUGCUACCUAUUGUCAGCAGCUAUUCAUAAAUACCUCAGACAGAUUUUGCUAUUCCUAUUGUUGGAGAGCGCGUCACGUGGGUG